UGCGCCCUCAGCGGGCCCGCUCCGCUCCCGCUCCAUGGACGCGGCCAACGGGGCCGUGCCCGAGGGCGCGGCGGAGCAGCCCCGCGGCCCCGCGGCCGCCCCGUCGGGCAGGAAGGAGGUGAAGGUGGUGAUCGUGGGCGACGGAGGCUGCGGGAAGACGUCGCUGCUGAUGGUGUACGCCAAGGGCUCCUUCCCCGAGCAAUACGCGCCCUCUGUUUUUGAGAAGUACACGACGAGUGUGACGGUGGGGAAGAAGGAGGUCACCCUGAACCUGUACGACACCGCAGGGCAGGAGGACUACGACCGGCUGCGGCCCCUUUCCUACCAGAACACCAACGUGGUGUUAAUUUGUUACGAUGUCAUGAACCCCACCAGCUAUGAUAAUGUAGCAGCCAAGUGGUACCCUGAGGUGAAUCACUUCUGCCGGGGCGUGCCGCUGGUGCUGAUCGGCUGCAAGACUGACCUGCGCAAGGACAAGGAGCAGCUGCGCCGCCUCAGGGCUGCCAGGCAGGAGCCCAUCACCUACAGCCAGCUGGGUUGUUACUGUCACAAGUUUGUAAGCCUUAACAAGUUUGUUGGACUUCCUUCAUAAUUGUUAUCAGCCUACACUGCAGCCAUCACUGGUGCUUUGAUCAGUACUGUGAUAAAGAUUGGAGAUGUUAGGAAACCCAUUCCAGUAUGACCGUUCUGGAAUAAAUGUGUUUUGCAAAUCCCACUUCAAAAUAAAUCCUUUCAAGGCCAAUAGCAAGAACAUCUGCAAGGUUUCUCUGACAUGAGAGACUGUUCUUUGUAGUCUCUAAAGUAAUCUUAGGAAAACUACAUAUUAUCAUUAUCUCUAAGUAUUUUGAAGCAGUUAGAUUAAUGAGUAGUGUUAUGUCACUGGCAUAGCUGUCCUAGGCACAGGAGAAACAGUGAUGGAACAGCUUGUCCCAUGUCACACAGGACCUGUCUGCUCUGGUCCUCCACUUUUUCUUUUUCUUUUUUCUAAACUACAAAGCCAUCCUUCUCCUCUCACCUCAGAGCAAGAACAGCAGCUUUCAAACUGAGCCACACGUCCAGGGAACAGGGUCAAGUGCACGGUGACCUUGAGUGAAUCACCACUUCUAAACAGCAGGAAAAUAAACUGCAACUGCAUCACCACAAAACCAUGCUGGGCCUUUUAGUUUGUCUCCCUUGCAUGCAAGAUGAGGUCCCAGCCUGUCACUGUGAACAGUUGCAGAUUGUCCCUUGUUUUCAUGAAUAAAUCCCUUCAUCAUCCUCACAUGAGAGGUUCCAGGCAAGCAACAGACACUUCUGGCCAGUCUGCUGAGGCCUCAUGCAGUUAAACUCAAGGGCUGACACGUUACACAAACUUUGUCUCCUAUGUGAGCCCUCCCAGUUGGUUUUUCCUCCCUCAAAUAUGCUCUACCUCAGUUUUUUACAGCUGAUGGCACCUUGGGCACCUUGGUGAUGCUUCCCAUGCCAGGCACAGGGGAUCUGAACAGUAUCUGCCACCACUGCAGCUUGCAAACAACUGGAAGGAGACAAACUGCUUAAAUAUGAAGAAACACCCUCCCCUCCAACAAAAGCCCAAGUGACCCCACUCCCAGAGAUGACAAUGAAUAAUUGCAGAGUCUGUGAGCCAUGGGUUGCAGACCUGGAAUUCACAGUAAAAGGCCCACAAGUCAAACUUGGGGCUGGCUCUGCAGGGACAAUAAAAGGAUCACAAGUAAGAAAUCACUGUGCUUUGUCUGUAGUGAUUCCACACAACCAGCAUUGCAUGGAAAUAUUUCAGAUUCAAGCAUGUUCCCAUUGCAUGGCUGAGAAAUGCAGGCACCCCUUUGUUUUUGUGAGGAUUUUGGCUGAGCCCUUGUGAUGCUUCAGAGCAGAAGUCAAGGUUCCUGCAUGUGCACCAGCAAAACAAGGCAAGGCAUCAGUGCAGAUUCUGUCCUUGCAUGUGACAUUCAUUCCUAAAGGUGACAGCACAGAAUAGUUAAGGUCAGGCCUGAAAAAAAUACCACCAUGAAGACAUCUUAUCCUCACUUAAACACCUACCUCAGCAUUUAGUGUAAAGAAAUUCAAUACUGAGAAUAUUUUUGUGCUAUCAGGACUGUGCAUCUCAAGAGUCUCUAAUGCUCUGAACUCUUAGGCCAGGCUUUGUUUCAGCAGAGUGGAAAAACACCAAGUUUAUUUACAGUGCUUCAGUUUAUUACCAAUGCCACUCACACUCUAGCACUGCUCUCAGAGGCAGCUGCUUUCUUCAGGAUUGCAAAGAUGUACAAAUUAUUUCCCUUUCUUCCCAACUCACCUUCCUUCACUCAUCACCAAAAUUAC